UAAUUGGGACCCGACCCCACGCACUCAGUAGUUAAACCUACCUGUGCGGAGGGAAGUUGAGCGUUUGCGGCACACUACUGAGGCAAUCUGCCUGUGUGCGGUGCUUUUUCUUUGUUCCAAUGGCGUGUAGCGAGAAUGGGGGCAGUAAUAUUUUGCUAUGUUUAGGAAUUUUUGUGGUUGCUAGUUUAGUUUGCCAUUGUGCCACACUGACAAGGCUUAAAACACUAGAUAAAUUAAGAGAAAACUCGACGUUUAGCCAAGGUCAAGAUAAAGGACACGCUCUGCACAACGGAAGACUCUUGAUUGGGCAAAAUUCUCUGCAAGGUGUUAAACUCAAAGGAACUAAGGCCACAGAGAUCCUCCUGGAUGUUGAUACUGAUUAUCAAGCAGACAUGGGUUGGACAGAGCCCAAGCAACCUAAAGGACAGGGUGAAAGCUUUUUACGACCGAGGUCAGAUGAUGCAGCAGUGGAGCGGCUCCUUAAAAUGGAACCGAAAGUGGAAUGUACAGAAGACUCCAUGAAGCUUCAAGUCCAGGAUGCUACUUCUACCCCUGGAUCUCUGUUUUUUGUGGACAGGGGAAGUCACCUGUCUCCCCUGCCUCUGUCAAAGUUGCCACCAAGCUGUGGUUACAGCAUCAGGUCAACACGAAGAGAUUUGGUCUUAGUUGCACCCUAUGAUGGUUGCUUUGUUGCUCUUGAGGAGGACAGCUAUGUUCUCCCGUUGCGUUGGUGGGGAGUACCAGUGAGGAUGUCAUGCCCUUUGAUGAGACCAUCUUCACCUAACCCGCCGAUGGUUACCUGUUAUGCUGAGGGCAUGGUUGUGAAAAUGGAAUGGACAGCCUCUGUUGCUAAAAUUAAAGUAAAUUUGAAUGGUAACUGGGAGCUGCUGAUGAAGGCCUCACCCAGGUGUGGGUUCAGUGUAGUUGUACAUCCUGAGGGUGUGGUCAUCUCUGUCCAUUAUGUACCCUGCCUAGAGAAAAAGGAUGGACUGUACACCCUCGAACUGGCCGCAAAUGGAGAAACAAAAAUAUCCUGCCCAUCACUGUUAGCACCUCAAAUUGAAACCACAAAGGGUCCACAACAACAAACUGAAAUGCCAUACAGAGGGCUGCCUCUCCCCACCCCACCAUAUAAUUCUGGUUCAACUCAAAGUCCUCCUGCUGUCCCAGGUUUUCCUCAGGUCCCAGGGAUACCUAAUGAGAAACCAAAUCAGGGACCAAAGGAUAUUAAUCAACCUCAGUUACCGCACUAUCCUUUUUACCCCCAUUUCUACCCUUAUCCAGACAUUAAACCUACACCAGCGGUACAGCCAGUCUCCUCACCUGUAACAAAGAGAAAUGGACUGCAAUCCCAACAAACUAUCCAUCCUCCAAAUCUGCCAGUGGCCCCGGGGGGCCAAGUGCCUCAGCCAUUCAUUCCUUUGCCAUUUUACCCCUGGCCAACCCAACCUGAAAAAGUGCCUGUUGAAAAAGAGCCUCCUGUUCAGCGUCCAGACACCCAACCACCUAAUGACAAAGUGGAAAAGCCUUUUUACCCUUAUCCAUACUAUAUUUUGCCACCUAAGACUAAUGUCUCUCCUGUACACAGGCCUGAACCAGAACCUAUACCUACAGCAUCUCCCCCAGUCGUCCAAACAAGACAACAACCUUACUACCCUAUACCAUUUUUUCCUCAACCACCUAAGCCUGAAACUCCCCCUACACAGCCACCAGUGACCAAACCACCGCCAAGUAAACUGGAUGAACAUGUCCCUCCAAAUCCAUUUAACCCCCCAUUUGGACUUCCUCAGAAACCUGUAGGACCACCUGUAAUCCAGCCUGGUGGCCAAGAACAAAAACAUUUUAUUCAAUUUCCUUUUUUCCCUCAGCCACCAGCUUCUGAAGUAAAACAACCUCUCCAGCCACUGUAUCCUGACACCCCUAAAAAACCUUUACCUGAAAAGACUGUGCCACCAAAGCCCCCAGUUUUUCAGGAACCUCAGGGACAGAUAUACCCAUCAUUCAACCAGUACCCAUUUUACUUCCCAUUUCUGCCCCAAGGCCCCUAUCAGACUCAAAUGCCACCCACACAGCAAACCUCUACACCGGCACCAAAAGGCCAAGCACAACAAACCCCUAGCCCAUUACAACCUGAGGCAUCUAAACCCAAAGUGCCUUCAGCUUUGUCACCCAGCAAACCACCAGAAAGCAAAGGGCCAUCACAUCCUGAAGCCCCUCAGGGUCAGGUACACCAAUACCUCUAUCCUCUGUACCCUCAGCCAGAUCCAUCUGAAAAUCAGCCAGCUACACAGCCAACUGCUGUCCAACAACCACCACAGCCUGAAACCCCUUGGGGCCAAGUGUAUAACAUGUACCCCUACCACUUCCUCUACUCCCAGCCAAAACCUGAAAAUCAGCCAGUUGAGAAGCCAGUGCAUAAACCCUCUUACCCACAGCCAUCCAAGAUACCAGGUGCUGGACCAAAUGGUGCUAAAACUCCCAUUGAAAGGCCAGUCCCCAGUGAACAGCCUCCAGGUGUCCAACCUCCAGAUGGCCAGGGAUAUCACCCUUUCCACCCACAACAGCCCCAGUUCCCUCAGCCUAUAACAUUACCCCCUGCUUCCUCCAUGCAACAGCCGCAGCAGGUUGCCAUUACACCACCUAGUAAUGGUGGUAUAGGCCCACAACCGGGGUUAUUCUGCCCUCAGUUUUGCCCAUCUGGAUUUACUAAUUGCUGUCCACAAAUUGCUUUUCAUCAACAUCUCCAUCAUAUUGUUCCAGCUGGACUUGUUGGUAAAGAUACUCCUCCGGUCCACCCAGCACUACCAUUCCUGCCCUCAGUGGCAAUGACGGCACAAGUCUCCACAAGUUCCACCUCUGUACCCACUUCACUGCAGUCUCAUCCACCUGGAAAUGAAAAGCAGCCACAUCUCCUGCCACCAGAUGGCAACCCUGCUGCAUUACCAGGAGGCGUUCCCCAGAAGCCUUCAAACCCUGAACUACCAAUGUACCCUUAUUCUAUACUUAAUUUACAAUAUCCUAAUUGGCCAUAUCUACCACAAAAUGAGAAUGUUCAAAAUUUAUUACAAAGGCUAUCAGCGGCUCACUAUAAUGUCCCCUCUAAACCUCAGGCUCCAGUUAAAGACCCAGUAAAUCCAGUGGUGCAAUAUGGGCCAUAUUAUAUACAGUCCCCAGUUCCCCAGAUGAGACAACUAUCACCUGGGGACAUGAAUAAUCCUAAUUUCAUGUCUUCUAUUGGCCAAUAUCGACAUCAGGAACAUAUAGCAAACCAGAAAAGGGAACCUACAGCCAAGGAACUGCAGCCAUCUAACAAGAAAUCCAGUGACUUAAAAGGGCAGACGCAUCCUAAAGUCCAAAGUGAACUUGAUCGUUAUAUGGUCCCUUACUACAUGCUUCAAGAUGCUCAAGCUCCUGCUGAUAACUCCUCACAACCACAACCAUUUGUGAGUGGCUUGAAGAAAUCCACCAAACAUGAACAGACCGAACCAAAGAGUUAUGUGCUGCUACAGCGUGGCCCACCAGGUAGGGAGCCCAACAGUUUCAGUGACUCUCCACUGCCUUUCAGAGAUCUGGGUCAUGACACUAACUUCCUUGCACAAAAUUUUGCAAGGCAUAAUGAAAGUAAACCCCAGCACCCUCAGAAUUUAAAUCCCCCACAGGACAAAUCCCAGCACCCUAAAUGGCUGGAGAAAAUGUCCAGUCCCUUACCUGCUAGUGGCAACUACAUGCCAAGGCCUGGUGAUGAAUCAGAAAGUUUGCCAUUAAGACAAAUCUCUGCUUCAGAUGGCCUUCAUUUUGUGCCUUUGCCCCAGGACCCUUCUUUCAGUGAAGUGCAUUUAAAGCCUAAAUUCACAGAGUCAUUGAAAGAGAUGUGGAAGCCCAUUACACCUCUGGGCUCCAACAGAAGGAUUCCAGCCCAUGUUCCUGAAAAGGCAUUUCAACGAUGGAGCUCUGCAGCUGACCAUCAAGUAAAUGGACUGAACCAACCUAUCCAAAGAGAAGGUGGAAAUCAGCAGCAGACAUGAGUUGCCCUUGAUGUGAAUAAACAUACAAUGGUACCUGAA